CGAAAGCUGCUCACUUUCCUUUCCCUCGUCACACAAAGCAAGCAGCGGCGAAGCAAAAGCUCCCAGCGGAGGCACCCAAUUUUAGAGAGUUCAUUCAAUCUGCUCUUCUGUGUCCGGUUUCCAGAUACAAUGCAUCCGCCGUGAAUGUGUGCGUGCUCGUGGAGAUCAUCUCAGUUACUCCCACAAUGUGACCGCCUGACUCAGAGAAAGAAGAUGGCGAUGGUACUGCUGCACAAAAGUGUCGAUGGCCUGGUUGGCAUGCACAUAGGCCAGAAUAUGAGCUGGUGGCCACACCAAACACCUCAAAAUUCUUUCGCCGUUUAUGUUAAGGAUAGGAAAAAUGUUAAAGCUUUCAAAUUAUAUGUUUUAGAAUUAGAUUUGAAUGAAAGACUGGAUCCGAUGUAUAAGGACCGCUCGAGAUAUCAGGAAAGGCAGCUUCCGCCCAUGGCGACGGGCACCGCCAAACUUUCCGUUCUCUAAUUCCCAUUCAAUGGAUGCAGCCAUGUUCCGUCUCACUCGCCCGCGCAGAGUUCGACGUCAACAGGUAACCGAGGCGGUACGAGAUGAGUGAUUCCAGUAAUCAGCAGGAGCAGUAAAGCAACAAAAGCUACCACCGUCUGUGCGUGCAACUGAAACAGCGAGCUUAUCUCUUGGGGCCGCAGCGAGCGGGCACAGGCACAUGAGGAGCUGACACCUGUUCCUUAGUGCCCAAGGUCAGGACGGCAGGUUAGAGGGUGCCCUCCCUCGGGGCGACGUCCCUGUCAGCGACGCGUGUUAGCGCCAGGAAGCCCCUCCCUCGCGUGGGUGCGCACCAUGUGCCUACCUGCCUCGCUCAUUGACUCCUCCCUCCCUAUCCCAAGUAUACGCACGAGUCAAACGACUCGUGAACAGGGACGACGGCGUUCAAAUUUCCAGCUUCUGCCGCCUUCUGGUUUACAAUCGGCGUCAUUUCCCUGUAUUAAAAGUGCGCGACGAGACAGUCAACUGUGUUAAAAGUAUUGUAAAAAAAAGUUUUCAAGGAUAAUUGAAAAGUCAUUAUCCUUCGAUGUUGAUUUUGUAAAGGAUGAGAAGUAGCUAGGCUUGAAUAAAGUGAGGCGGAAAAUAUAUAAUUUUGAAGGGAUUCUUUAUCCAUCAGCCAUUUAUAAAUAUGCCUCGAGACUUUAAUCAUGGCGUGCUGGUAUAGUGCUGCUACUUCCUCCGGCUCCGCCUUCUACCUUUCCUACUUCCUUCUUGCUUCUUCCUUCUUCGUCUGUUAAUUAUUCGAUCGAGGUAGAGGUAGAGGCAGAGACAGAGUCAAUGGAAGAACAGAGGCGGUUCUCUUCGUUGUCCGAACUCUGCUCUCAAACUCCUGCAGCGUCGACGGUGGGGGAGGGGAGCAGGAGGAGGCGGCGGCCGCGGAGGAAGAGAUCAUCGGAGAAUGAUGAGGCGAAGAAGAGGCGGCUGAGCGAUGCGCAGGUGAAGUUUUUAGAGAUGAGCUUCCAGAAGGAGAGGAAGCUGGAGUCGGGGCGGAAGGUGCACCUCGCCGCCGAGCUCGGCCUCGACCCCAAGCAGGUCGCCGUCUGGUUCCAGAACCGCCGCGCGCGCCACAAGAACAAGCAGGUGGAGGAGGCCUACGCCGAGCUCAAGUCCGCCCACGACGCCGUCGUCCUCCAAAAAUGCCUCCUUGAAUCCCAAGUGUUAAAUUUGAGGGAGCAGCUUUUUGAGGCGAAGGAGGAGAAAAGGAAGCUGUCGUUGGGGAUCAACGGAGGAGCUUCCGGCCUCAGCAACGUCACCGCCGCAGGCGGCGGCAGCAGCAGCCCGAGCUCAUCCUUCUCGGUCGUCGGAGAGCUCGGCUUGGAAGGAGGAGAAGGCGACUUCAUGUACGCGCACCAGCAGGAGCAUGAUUUCAACAAGUACAUGGUGGAGUGGGCAAACUUUUACGGUGUUUAAUUAAUUAAGUACAUGUCUAAUCUGUCAAUUAUUGCUAUUAUUAAGGCCAUAAUCUACCCUUUAGAUUAA